ACCCGCAGCUCCCCGUCGUCUCCCCCGCCCCUCUGUCGUGCUCCCUCGCGCCUCGGCAGCUCGGCUCCUCCGCAGCUCCCCCGCAGGUCCCGGCGUCGCCGGAGCUCUCCUGCCCCAAGCCUCCCCGACCCCACGCCUCCCCCGCAGCUUCCCUCUCCUUGUUCCCCUCCUCGUUCCCCAUGGUGAUCCACGGCGAGAGAAGGCUCGAUUUUUCUUCGAUCUACUCGGCGGCGGCCAUUUCCAGGUCCUCCUCCUCGGCGCUGCGGCGGCGGGGCCGAGCAGCAGAAGUGGACGCGCGAGUAUGCGUCAAAGGAGGUCACCUUCGGCGUUGGCGCGCACGCCGGCUUGCUGCGGUGCGUUAACGAACUCGCGAACGCCGUCAAGGUCACCAUGUGCGGUGCGAAGGGAGGGGCCGCGGCGGCGGCGCCGUGGUGGAGGCUUCCCGUGGAGGUGCUGCUACUGUGGGCGACGCGCGCAGCGAGGAGCGCGUGGUCGGUGCCCGUCGCCAUCGCGCUGCUCGGGAUCGCCGUGCUGGGCCGCCGGAUGCGGAGGCAGAGCAAGGCCGUGGCGCGCUUGCGGCUUGUCCUUGACGAUAAGGAAUGCCUACGAGAGGCGGGGCCGGUGAUUGGAUUCGUAGCAGCAGCAGCAGAGGCGGGGGCGGGGAAAGAGCGUUCCACCAGCCAAGCUCGGCUACCAGCUCGGUUACCGUCGGGUGGGCGAUUCCGUCACUCAGGUGGCCGGCAGUGGCGGUGGGCGGCGGAAUCACGCAGGUAGGCGGCGGCGGAAUCGCGCAGGUGGUCGGCGGUUGGUCCUGGCGACGCGCGGGGGAAUCGGGGACCAGCUCGCCUCCGGUGGGCGGCGGAAUCAAUGGGCAGCUGUUCUCGGGUGGGCGGCGCGGGUGUUCGUGGGUGUCUGCGAGCGCCGGAAUCCGACCGCGCCGGCCCCUGGCGGCGGGUGGAGGACGGGCGGAGGGAGGAGAAGGAGACCGGUACCUACUUCAGACAGUUUUCAAAUUUCGAGGGUUGUAUUGCAAAAAGAACAUUACACUGCGCUCUGGACAACUUUUCCCGGACGGAGGGAGUAUAUAAGAAUGUAAAACGAAAAGUAAACAAAAAAGAUAUAGAAAUGCAGUGCCGUGGUGCUACCUAGA